AUGGGAACUCCAGUUGGCUUGCAGCCCCAGGCGUUGCUGGUCCAUCCAGCCGCACUCGCCAAGCACCUGCAAAACAUGGUCAAGAAGGACCCUUCGCACGAGAACCUCAACUCGAUUGAUUCACACCUCUUGAAUCUGGCCCACGCGGAGGCCAUUCCAUCUUAUGUCUAUCGAGUUUGGUUAUUCACCUCCUGGAAACACUUGCCCAAUGGCCGUAUCCUUUUGGCUGCACUCCGAGACCAGACGUCCGCUGGGAUUCGCAAAGCGGGUAUCAAACUUGUCCAGCACAUCUUCCGCAAACCCUCUCGGAAAGCCCUUGGGUGGGACCGACUUGGAGGCUCUCAGGGAAUAAAGGCUGUUCUUGAUGAACUCCCCCUGGUCCAAGUGCGUUUAUUCAUCAGCGCCAUUUCUCAAACUGGCCAGGAGUCGGACAGAGAAUUAUUCGCCACAUUUUUUGAUGAACUCGUGACCCUCAUCGAAGAAUCAGACCCCUGGACUACAAGAUCAUUGUCAAGACAUGUGGCUCUAUUGUAUGCACGUUGCAGUCUAACAAAAGUGAUGGAGAUUUUGAGUUCCGGAAUCCCCAGCUCUCUUACUUUUACCCGCGAUGUCAGUCGAUUGCAUUCACAUCUCUUACGGCAGAUAGCUAUUGGUGUGGUAAAGAUACCAUCCGACGUGCGUCGGCAUAUCUUGGAAACAUGUACUGAAAUGUUACUGAAAUCGAAUGAGCCGUAUGAUCCGAUUCAUGCCACAGACAUCUAUUCCGGAAAUUUCCCUGGCCUAAAAUUCGGUGUGGAUCUAUUGUUGCAAAUUAGAGCCGGCGAGCCUGACUUACGGACAUCUCCGAGCCUGAUGCGUCAAUGUACUGAGCUGAUCCUGAGCAUUGCCAUUCGUCGAAGACUGCCAUUUGCGUCUAUUCUGCCUAUCAUCAACCUCAGCCUAGAAAUGUGUCAAGCUGCGGACUCAUCUGAUUGGUUAUCUCGGGAUUUACCAAAAGAUGUCAUUCGAUGCUGGUCGAUGGCACGGUUUGGCAGAUAUGGAUCUACGAAACCAUUCCAUGCGGCCAUGAAAAAAUCCGGAGCAUCUUCUCCCUCCCAACCAAGGCCUGUGAACCAAGCCGAAUUACAAAUUUGUCUGAUAGAAAAUGUUUUGCAAGUGAGAGAAGAUCGGCUCUCGACACAGUCAGGGCAGCAAGAAUUUACCCGCCAAUUAACACAUCUGAUAUCAAAUGUACACAUGGACGGAAGACUCGAGUUUCUUCAACUCAUUUGCAGGCAUUCGCCCAGUCUGAACUUUGAUCUCACAGCUUGGCCUCCGUCGGAAGAAGAAAAGAAGCUGGUCCCUAUAUGGGAGAAUCGUCUUUUGUCCAUGUUGCCAGGGCCCAGCUCCAAGAUUCUAUUUCAACGAUCACUGUAUAUCCAUAAUUGCGACACAUUUUUAACCAAAAACCUGGUGGAGCAAAAUGCUUGGCUCCUGUCAUGGGAACAACAAUGCUCACUCUGGGCAAGUUGGGAGUUCUUGAUUGCCGCUACAAGUGACGAUUUUGUAGUCACUCGCAAAGGUAUUUGA